AUGGCGACAUCAAAGCUAGUGUACCGGAAGCGGCCUGACGGCGGCGACGAGGGACAGGGCGGAGCGGCGGCGGCCGAUGCGGCUGUUGAGGCAACGGGUACUGGGCAGAGCAGCAGCAAUCUGCCGAUCCCGCUGCCUGUGACGCUGUCUGAGCGGUGGCGCAAGUGGGUGGUGCGGACGAUCACGACGUGGACGCUGAUUGGCAUCUUCUCGCUCAUUGUGCAGCAGGGCCCGAUUGCCAUCUCCGUCUCGAUUGUGCUGCUGCAGAUGGUGGCCUUCCGCGAGGUGGUCAACAUCGGUUACCUGUGGAAUGUGGAGAAGCAACUGCCGCUGUUCCGGGUCCAGCAGUGGUACUUCCUGCUGGUGGCCUUCUACGCCGUGUACGGCAAGGGCACGCAGCUGUACCUGCUUCCGAUGAUGGGCGAGGUGGUGCCGGGCUUUGGCUGGACGCUAAACCACCACUCGUUUGUGGCGUUCUGCGGCUGGGUCUGCGGCUUUGUCGUCUUUGUCGUCUCGCUCCGCAAGGGCUCGUACAAAUACCAAGUGGCCCAGUUUGCGUGGACUCACAUGUGCCUGCUCCUUGUCAUCCUGCCCAACAUCUUUGUCAUCCGCAACACCUUUAACGGCCUCUUCUGGUUCCUCCUUCCCUCGACGCUCAUCUUUGUCAACGACAUCACAGCCUACAUGUGGGGCUUCCACUUUGGCCGUACGCCGCUCAUCCAGCUCUCGCCCAAGAAGACCUGGGAGGGCUUCAUCGGCGGAGGGCUCUGCACCCUCAUCUGGGGCUUUGUCUUCCCGGCAUGGCUCGUCUCGCACGAGUGGCUCAUCUGCCCGCGCGCCAUCGAGAGCUGCACCCUCAACCCGGUCUUUACGCCGACCGCAUACGAGCUGCAGUCUGCGCUCGCCGCCUCGAUCCUCGCCAAGCUCGGCUUUACCGUCGUCGGCACCGCCGUCGUUCUCAUCCCCGUCCAGCUCCACGGCCUGGCGCUGGCCUUCUUUGCCUCGGUCAUCGCCCCUUUUGGCGGCUUCUUUGCCUCGGGUGUCAAGCGGGCGUACAACCUCAAGGACUUUGCCAACCUGCUCCCCGGCCACGGCGGCAUCAUCGACCGUGUCGACUGCCAGUUCCUCAUGGCUACGUUUACCUACAUGUGGUACAUCAACUUUAUCAACAAGUACGACCUUUCGCUCCCAGACCUCAUCGUCCAGCUCCAGUCGCUGUCCGAGGGCGAGAUCGCCGAGGUAUGUGCCCAGAUCCGGUGCGCUGCCCCGUAGCCCUGAGUGUUGAUAACACAAAACACAUAUACGCACA